CCACUAACCGAGAAACUUUUCCAGCCGUUUCUUCUCCCCCACCCCCUUCCAGGAGAGGAUUAAAAGUUCCAAGAACUGGUACCGCCAGUGUCACUUGGGUACUCGCCGGUGAGUUCCCAGUCUCAGCCAUGUGUACCAACAUAGUUUACGAGUGGCUGAAAGCGUUACAGCUCCCGCAGUACGCCGAGUCCUUCGUGGAUAAUGGCUACGAUGACCUCGAAGUGUGCAAGCAGAUCGGAGACCCGGACCUGGACGCCAUCGGGGUACUGGCUCCAAUGCACCGCCGGCGCAUCCUGGAGGCUGUGCGCCGGCUGCGGGAGCAGGACGCGGCCGCCGCUGGCCUCUACUUCACGCUCGAACCUCAGCCGGUGCCACCAGCACCGCAGGUGGAAGCGGUGCCACCAGGCCGCCGGGGGGAGUCGUGUGGCGGCUCUGCCCAGGGCACUCGCGGGGACCCCCGUGGCCAGACGAGCGCUCCCCGCAGCAGGGAGCUGGUGAGCUACCCCAAGCUCAAGCUGAAGAUCAUGAUCCGGGAUAAGCUGGUCCGCGAUGGUAUCCACCUGAGCAAGCCCCCAUACUCGCGCAAGGUCCCAAUGGCCGGCAUCCUAGCGUACUUAAUGAAUUGGCCGAAGUCAUCACAGAACCGCUAGCUUUCAUUUUUGAGAGCCC